AUGCAGCUCAUUCGGUCGCAGUUUGUCCUGGCCGCGGCGCUGGCCCUCCUGGCCCAACAGUCGGCGGCGCAGGCGCAGAACCCGCUCAGCCUCGACGGCAUCCAGGGCCUCGACUCGCUCAACCCGCAGACCGUCACCGACAGCCUCAACGCACAGACGCUCACCGACACCCUCUCCAAGGCCGUCCCGAUGAAGCGCCAGGCCAAGGGGACGCUGCUCAAGGGCCUCAACGUGUUCGGCGAGGACGUCGACCUGCCCACCGACCCGGCCAGCCUGACCAAGAUGGUCAAGGACGCCGCCACUCAUCCCGCCGCGCCGCCCGCGCCCGUCAAGCGCGAGGAGGCCGGCCUCUCGGUGCUGGGCAAGAUUGUUCCCACCAACGCCGCCGACCUCACAAAGAUGCUCCAGGAAAAGACGGCCGGCAUGCAGCAGCGCGACACGGGCCUCGACCUCAACCUCGACAACAAGCCGGCCCCGCAGUUCCUCAUGGACAGCCUCGCCUCGGGCCUCAAGCAGCGCGACUUUAGCACAAACGACCUCUCGGUCGAGUCGCUCGAGCCCACGGCCGAGCAGGCCGUCAAGAUGGCCACGCCCAUCGCCCUGGCGCCCGUCAGCCCGCAGCUCAAGAUGGCGGGCGCCGGCUACAAGCUGGCCGCCGAGGUGGCCCACGAGGCCGGCGCCGACGCCGUGGCCAAGCAGGCCCUCGACCAGACCCAGAGCCGGAUCGCCGACGCGUCCAAGGUGCCCGCCGCGCCCAAGCUCGCCAAGCGCGCCUUUUACCACGACGCCGUCCACCACCACCGCAAGCGGGGCUCGGUCGACGCCACCGACCUCAAGAACACGGACCUGAGCGGCCUGCAGAAGGUCCCCGCCGAGGCCGUCAAGCUCGCCGCGCCCAUCGCCCUCGGCAAGGUCGGCGGCUACGUCGGAGCCGCCCAGAUGGGCGUCAAGACGGCGCAGAUGGUCAGCAACAUGGCCGGCGUGCCCCAGAUGGUUGAGAAGACGGGAGUGACAAAGAUGAUCCAGGACGCCACGUCCAAGGCCUCGGCCAUGGCGCCCAAGCUGCCCAAGCUGCCUGCCGCGCCCGCCGCCGCCCCGGCCAAGCGCGACGAGACGACCGACGAGCUGACCAAGGCCGGCCUCGGGCUGGGCGACUCGGUGCGCGACUCGGGCCUCAAGCUGAGCCACACUGCCACCGCCGCCGGCAACGCCUUCACCAAGAACCUCUACGGCGCCCGCCCCGAGAAGCGCAACAUGGUCCUCCCCGCCUUUGAGGUCCUGCCCGGCGCCGGCCCGCAGGCAAAGGAGGCCGCCGAGCAGCUCACCAAGCUCCUCCCCGUCCCCGUCCCCGGCGUUCCCGGCGCGUCCAAGAGGAUGGAGAAGGUGACCAAGAGGAGGGAGUGA